GAGGCGGGCCAGCACAGCACUGUCCGUUCUGAACGUAACUUCACUUUACGUCAUUCCUAGCCACAGUGUACUCCGUCUAUCUGCAGAAAAAUAGCCUCAGUGGCAGUGCCUGCUGUUCGGUGAACAGCCGUUCUCUGUGACUAUACUCGUCGGUGUCUUCAUCAGCUCGCCAUUGUGUAGUGCUCCUCGGCUAUUUUGGAUAACCACAGCGGGGAUAAUGAAAGUAUAGACGGCGACGGUGAAGAGUUCGAUGUCCCUCUUUUCUCGUUGUAGAUCCGCUGUUCUUGGCAUCAUAUUGACCCCAAUGCAGGAUUUGAAACCUUUGCUGGAACUACAUGUGAUACAUGUUGGGUAAAGGGGUGAAGCGCAAACUGGAUCAGGAUGAGGACAGCCUGGAGGAGGGCAGGCUGCUCCUCGCGGCGGCCGGAGCCCCGGGCAGCCACGCCAGGAUCAACUACACUCUGCAGCGCCAGACGGUGCUCAACAUCUCCCUCAUGAAGCUGUACGGGCCGCCGCAGUCGCCCUCCGCUGAACCGGCCCUGCAGCGCCGCGUGCUCAUCAACAACGUCAUCCGCCGAAUCCAUCACGAAUUCAAGGAGGAAGGCGGCGCGGGGCUGCGCGGACUCUUCUUCGCUGUCCCGUCGCCGGCGGCGUCCAGUGUCACGGAGGAGGACGAGGGCUACCGCGAAGCGCCGUCUUUCAGUGGGGCCCCCUCGCCGCCGGAUUCUGGUCUGACCCCGGCCUCGCUACUGGAGGAUGAUCCCCCUCUUUUCUUCGCCCUGCCGCCACCCUCACCCCACCCCCUUGGCUACUCCCCUAGACCGCCUGCACCUCCUGCCCCGCCACCCGCCAAGGAUAGCUUCUCCUCAGCCUUGGAGGAGAUCGAGGAGCUUUGCCCCAUCACGGCGGCGACCUCUACGGGCGCCCCCGCGCCUCUGUCUCCCCCGCCGUCACUCGAGGACCUGUCCUCUGGGAUGGACGCGAAAGAGGAAGGGAGGCGGAGCAGCUCGAACGACAAGGACUCGCUCUCGCAGGACGGAGGCCAGGCAGCGAAACCCUCCGCUGCAGAGCUGCUCCGCCCACCCUGCUCUCCCACAGACAUGUCGCCCUCUUCUGGGGGCUUCCUCACAGACUUCGCUCUGGACGACAUUUUGUUCACAGACAUCGACACAUCCAUGUACGACUUCAACCCCCCCUGCGGCGCCUCUUUGUUACCCCCGAAUUCGGGUUCGUCAAAAACCACCCCCGUGGUCACUGCGGAUGACCUGGUCAAGACCCUGUCCAGCUACAGUGGGGGAGGGGCGGGCUCUCACUUCCUGGCACAAAGCCAGCCUUUCAAAAUGGACCUGGCUGAGCUGGACCACAUCAUGGAGGUCCUGGUUGGGUCUUGACUGACACCGUAAGUUGUGUUCGUUACGGCACGUAGUUCAAGAAAACUGAGGGGAACCAGAAUGGUGCUCAUCCAAUUGGACAAACGCUAAUCUGCGUCUUCGGACGCAAUGUACUGUGCAACAAAAAAAAACCUACAGAAGGAAAAAAAGGCACACGCUGCCUGGUUAUCGGAAAGAGUUUUCCAAGGGAUUUGUGGUAACGUUUUUACACCUCUGUCCGUAAAUUGUACGAAAAAUUCUGAAACUUCACCAGAGACGUUUUGACUACACUGUGCAUGCAUUGUGCUCGCCUUUCCAAAAGGGAAAAUGAAAUGUUGAAUAGACUGUAUGGAAUGCAUUUGUUUGAUGGCCAUUUGUAUGAAAAACUACCACUCCUCUCUGAUUUCUCUAGCUUUUAUUUGUAUUUUUUAAUCACAGCCAUAUACGUCCCCUCUUUUCCAAUGGGAAACCGGUAUGUUGUACAGGCCUACUGCUUUUGAAAUACAGCACUGCGAGGGGGGGGACACUCAAGCGUCCAAAUUGAGGGUACUUUGUCCAUAUUUCAUUAACCGGUCAAUUUAUCAGUCUUAAUGAGUUUUCCAAAGGCCUCAUCAACUUUUUUUUUUUCUUUUUCUUUCUAAAUACGUGUUUUUAUUAAUGUAUUCUUGUUGUUUUAAUUAUUUAUCAAGCUGCUGUAUGCAGUAUAUCAGCUUUCAAAGGUCUAAUUUCUGGAAGACGGUCGUACGUCUCCUUCACCGUGAAUUACAUAUUUCAGUCGUCUCUUCUGACUCAAUAGGAAAUGACGCCAAAUACAAGGGAGACCUUCCCAGUUCACACCGUUGCAGACAUCAGGAAAGGUUGAAUAAUUUAUAGUGAUUUUGGAGUUAUUUAUUAUUCAUUUCUGGUGUACAUAUAUUUAUUCUAACAUGACACUAAAAUGUUUGCUUGUACAGAAUAUGCAGUGAAAUUCUGCUGGGGAAUGUGUGAGAUUUGUGUAAUAUAUUUUAUCCGCAUUUUAUUUUUCAGGGAAUCGAAUGCCAUAAGUCAAGGUGCGUGCGCGUGUGCGCGUGUGUGUGUGUGCGUUACGCUACGUCUCCUUAGCUGUUUGCAGCAGUUGGUCAGUCAGGGAAUGGUUAGCCAACAUCUUUAUCUGUCAGUGAUGACUUAAGUAAUCCAAAGCCUUUGAAACAAAGCAUUUCUAUUCUCUGCCCGUGGCAAAAAGCAAUUUCUGCUGCUUACCUCUUCUUUUCUUUGCAUUUUUUGUUAUACAACAGUCACCCAAAUUGAUUGAAAAAAAAUGUCCUUUCAUCUCGUCAAUUUCGACCUUGAAUCUGUGCCUUUUUCUAUGCAAUAUGUAUUCAUUUGUCGGAAAUAUCUGAAUUUGUAUGUAUAAAUGUGCAUACGACUUUAA